AUGGCACGACCUGUUGGUCCAGCUAUCUCGUUCACACCGGCGUUGUUGCCGUCAAACAAAACAGUCCUUACAGGACGAACCAUCCUCCUGGAAAAACUUGAAUUGAACCAUGCCCACGACCUCUUCAAUCUAGUUGGUGGGAGUGACCCCGCGAGAGCAGCUCUGUGGGACUAUAUGGGCGAUGGACCAUACUUGCAUCGUGACGCUUUCGAGAAAAGCAUCGCUUCCAAAUCAGUCUCCCUGGAUCCAUUCUUUUUCGCCAUCAUCGAUAGACGCGACGACAGGCCGCGCUUCGGCAAGGCCAUUGGCUAUCUAUCUCUCAUGCGAAUUACUCCCGAUCAAUUGACCAUCGAAAUUGGGAAUGUGAUGUUUUCAUCUGCCCUGCAACGAACCACUUGUGCGACCGAGUCAAUUUACCUGUUGGCACGGCACGUAUUUCAAGAUCUGAACUAUCGACGAUUGGAAUGGAAAUGCAACGCGCUCAAUGAACCGUCUCGAAAGUCGGCCUUGCGACUGGGGUUUACAUACGAGGGGACAUUUCGACAGCAUAUGAUCGUCAAGGGAAGGAACAGAGACACAGCUUGGUUUUCAUUGUUGCAGGAUGAGUGGAAUGGGGUGAUCAAAAGUGCCAUGGAGCAAUGGCUGGACCCUAAAAAUUUCCACUAUGAUGGGAGCCAGAAAAAGAGUCUUCAAGAGUUGACGGCAGCAUGUAAAAAAUGGCUAAAUGACCGAACCGGGAACACGAACAAGGCCCAAGAGGCCGUUUGGAGGAGUAAGAGGGCAUCUCUGCCUGGCGCGAUCCUCCCGCUAAGCCGCCUCGUGUCCCAAAGCGGUAAUGAGCCGUGGCCCCAGUGGGGCCUGUUGCCUAAGGUUGUCUGCCCCCCAAAAUCGCAGAAGCCAAAAAUCAAGUCUCGGGCCAUCUGGUCAGAAUUCACCUUUUCAGAGUUGUCAUCCACCAUGGCUUCUUCUCUGCCUCCAGUACCGGUGAACCACCAUGACUUCUUGAGCUAUGUCCAGUCUCAUCCAGAGACUGCCAUGGACGAGCUGGUCCAGCCGUACAAUGAGUACGAUGCAGUUUUGCGCAAGACUUUUGCGCAAGAUCCUUGUGCUUCGAUUUUCAAUGACAACCAUGUCAAUAUCGUGCCUCUAUUUGAUGCCAAUGGCACGGCGGAUGUCCAAGUUCGCGCUCGGGACCUGGCCUCAGAGUCGCCAGAGCAAAAGGAGCGAUAUAUCUUGCCUCUGAAAGACCACGACCGGAAAGUUAAUGGUGCACCUGCGGUGGUUCCCACCUUGGAUGAGUUUCAGACCAACUUUACCAUCUUCACCGAGGGCGCCUUGAGCGAUUUCGACUGGAGCAAUGUCAUGGUGGCAGGAAGUGCCGUGGUGACCUCGCUUCUGCCCGUGCCAGAGAAAUACCGCAAGUCCAAGAGAGGUCUGCGCCAGUACUACCAUGAGACGCUUGCACCUGCUUCAGAUGUAGAUCUCUUCCUGUACGGGUUGACUGAGGAGCAAGCCAUCGACAAGAUCAAGGAAAUCGAAGACAAAAUCACCAACAGCAUCUUGUAUGAGACAACCACCAUCCGCACCAAGAACACGAUUACUAUUGCUUCGCAAUAUCCAACCCGCCAUGUGCAAAUUGUUCUGCGCAUCUACCACUCGGUGGCUGAAGUGCUGACUGGAUUUGAUGUUGACUGCUCCUGUGCCGCGUAUGAUGGUCGGCAGGUCUAUGCAUCUCCUCGUGCCAUUGCGGCAUACAUCACCCAGACCAAUCAGAUUGAUCUGACGCGCCGCUCGCCCUCGUACGAGAACCGACUGUCCAAGUAUUCGCACCGCGGAUUCGAGGUGUUUUGGUCACCGCUCAUCCGAUCGAAAAUCGAUCCGACAAUCUUUGAGCGAAGCUUCGCUCGGACGGUAGGACUGGCACGUCUGUUGGUGCUGGAGAAACUUCCCAAAUCCACCGACCGAGAGAAUUACUUGAACAAAAGACGCGUGGAGCGCGGAAGACCCAGCGCCAACAAUCUAUCCAUUCACAAUCGAAGGGAAUUGCGCGGGAAUAUCAAGAAUGAUUGGGACGACGAAGUCCCGGAAUGGCAGGAAGAAGACCAAGUGUCAAACUACCAUACCUUUGUCCGCACCAUUCCAUAUGGCCCCAGGUUCAAUGCGCGGAAAAUUGAAAAAUUGCUUUACGCCAAGGAUUUGCUGCUCAACGCCGAGUGGAACCAGCCCAAGGACCGAAAAGUCUACCUCCAUCGCCAUCCAGCAUUUUUCGGUGAUGCAAAGCAUGUCAUUGGCGACUGUUGCGGCUACUGCCCGAAGCCGAUGACUACCGAGGAGCUGGAAGUGGCAGAGGAGGAAAAGAAGACCUAUAUCUCCGGCGAUAUCUCCUUCAUCAAAGAUGACCCCGGCCGUCAAGAAAUUGGCAGUUUCAACCCAAUCACCGAGACAGAUUGGACUGAGAUGGCCUAUGUUGGUCAAACCGAGCGACUUUGCCAGGCCAUUGUAUCGAAUGAUGUGGCAACCGUACGAGAAUGCAUGGCAGAGGAAGGUACAAAUCCGGAUCGUCGUGAUUAUACCGGAAGGACGCCCCUUCAACUUGCCUGCAUGGGAUCCACUCCAGAAGUGGUCCAAUGCCUGGUUGACCAUGGCGCUCGACUUAUUGCGCGGAUGGUGGAUGGCAAGACGGCCCUCCAUCUCGCGGCUGCUCGAGGUAGUGCCGAGAUCAUUCGCAUUCUGCUUGUAAAAAGUGGCCAGAAUGAGGAAGAGGAGGACAGGAAACAGAAUGCUCGAAGGCAAGAGCGUGGUGAGCGACCAAAGGAUGACGACGACGAAGACAAAAUGGAUAUUGACGAGAGCGAUGUGGAUCUGGUAUCGUACACAUCCGCGUCGUUUGUGAAAGUUGAAAAGGACUCUGACUCCGACAUGCCUCCUGCCGGAGAGAGCUUGGAAGACACGAAUGAGCUCGACCCGGAUAUCUAUGAUAUCAAUGUGGUAUCUUGGGACCGGUUAACAUCGCCUCUGCAUCUCGCCAUUCUCCACGGUCACGUUGAUGCCGUGAAGGAGCUUGUCGCUUCAUUUGGAGCCGACGUCUUGAUGCCAGUGAAAGUGCUCAAUGAUUGGAGUAGAAAGCCCGAAGCCGCCAUUCUUUCCCUCGUUCUUGCUUUGGCUCUUCCACUGGACAAAGCCCAGGAGAUGUCGAGAACGCUUCUUGACCUGAGUGCAUCGCCAGCCCAGGGUGACAUGAAACAAAAUACACCACUGCACUACCUGGCUAAUUCCAACUACAAUGAGCUCUUCGACAUCUAUUUGCAACACGACGGGCCAGGUUUCAAGCGCGCCAUCGACCACCUGAUGGUGACUGGCUGGUCGUACUCUCCCGGCGUGAUCUCCCCCCUGAUACUGGCAUUGAAUGCAAAAAAUCCCAUUGGAGCCAUGAAACUCUUAGAAGCGGGGGCCAAGCCAGUCAUCGAAUUCCCCGAGUAUGUCAAAGCAGUCAAGGCCAAAUUUGACGAUGCGUUUGCAUACACGUCACCUGAACAGACCCAAGAUGUAUUCAACAAAAACGUUCAGCAGCCAUUGCUUUGCGCCGUCAACAAUGAACUGCCUCAGAUUGCCUUCGAGCUGCUGAAGCGUGGGGCCGAUCCAACUGUCGAGAUUCAUGUUUCAUACAAGACCCUUCAGCAGACGAUCCUGGACCGUGUUCGGGAAAAGAUCAGAGAGAUGCAUUAUUUCCUGAAUAAACAGCCCGACGAUGUUCCCCCGCCUCGAGCACCGGAUGAGGAUGACAACGUGUACCUCGCGAGCUUUCCGGAGGGCUCAUACCGGAGAUGGACCGGAAAGGCGUUGCUGGAGAAAGCUCGACAGGAGUACGAGAAAGACAAAGACUCUUAUGACAAGGCUGGGGUGGCAUACGACAAUCCACCGGGCCUUGACGAAAAGAAACAGGCAGUAAAGGAACUGGUUCAUGAAUUCGAAAAACUGGAAGAGGAUUUGCUGUCACGCGGCGCCAAAACUUUCCAGGAGCUCCAUCCUGACACUCAUCAGCCUGGUCAGCCCCAACAGCCCCCCUGCAAGUACGAGGAACCAAAGCCUUUUGAAGUUGUUUUCAAUUUCAAGACACCUACCCUUAAUGAGGCUACCCGAGAAGGAUAUCUGCAACUGUUCGAGGCAGCAUGGCGUGGAGACCUUGCUACGAUCAAAUCCCUGACCCUGGCAAUGUGGGGUCCAGCUGGAGAUCAGCUACCUCUGGAAAUCGCAGUCUGUGACGAGCACUUUUUCUCGCCUCUUGCGAUUGCGAUUCUCCGAGGCCACUUGGAUCUUGCAACGGCGAUUCUAGACAUUCUUCGGGCCCAGUAUAAGGUCAAGGAUCUCGAACCUCGCAAGCGGUUCAAAAUGAACGACGAUGACUCCAGUGAUGACGAGGCAUCAGGCGAUGAUGACAGCGAUGAUCUGAGCAUCCAAAGCGAGGCUGCAGACAAGCCGCUCACAUAUGAGAACAUUGGAGAGGUGAAGACGCAGGUGGAAAGCAAUGUCACUCCGUUGAACGCCUUGACGCAAUGCUGCUCGGCGGAUCUGUUCAUCGACAUCACGUCCACCACAGCCUCAAGGGGCGGACCUUCUUCCCCGCUGUUUAUGCCAAACCUGAAGUCUGAUGACCCUGGGAACGCCCUUGAUCUCAUGAGAUAUGCAAUCAUUCGCAACGAUGUGACCAUGCUCGUAUUCCUCCUGGAGAAUGGCCAGCGCCUCGCCAAGACCGAUCCCAGUGAAGAACAAGUGACCUAUUCCGUAUCCCGGGAUGACUUCCAACUUGCAAUCAUUCUGGGACGCGUCGAUUGCCUUGCCGAGAUGAUCAAGAGGAACGCCGCUGGUCUGCCGUUGGCCAAAAUCAGUAAAGAAUGGGGUGCUCAGACGAAGGAACAACCUCAGUACUACCCAGGACUGUCGAUUCGAGGCCAGAAACGCACGGACUGGGCUGAAAGAAGCCGGUAUGGGACUUCAACAUCGACCGCAAAAGAUGAACAACGGUCGCCUCUUUUGAUUGCUGCCAUACAAGGAAGCCUUGCAAGUACAGAAUGGUUCCUUGGCACGGCCCCGGGCCGCUAUUACCUCGAGUACAUGGACUCGCACAAGGAUGACAAGAUGGUGCAAAGACUGGCGAGCUCCAAGUCUGGUAUAGAGAAACCCGUGUUGAACUGGCUGAGCCUGAGAGAUAACCUGGUUCUUCACUGCGCGGUUAUGUCCCGGCCGACAGAGGAGUCGGAAAGCCUGGUUCGGUAUCUCAUCAAGCAUUACCCCGAAAAUAUGGAGGUCCGAUCCGCCGAAGGACACACGCCCCUUGCCGUCGCCUUUUCCCUGCGUCGGGUCCGUUUUGCUCGCAUCCUUAUCGAGAGCGGUGCCAACCAAACUGUCAGGGACUGUUUUGGCAAGAACCUCCUCCAUCUUACUCUGAGCGCCAUUGAUCUUUUGCCGAGCACCAUGUUGGGGACACUUUCCGACAUACUUGGUCUGCUGGACAAGCAGCUAGUGCCGACUCUACUGCUGGAGCGUUCUCGGAGGGGGUCGGCAACGCCAUUCGCAUUGUUGCUCAAGGGACUUCCCCAGUCCAGUCGUGAAACUCACGGGUGCUGGGGGCCCCCCGCCUAUGGUGACGAUUACUUCGCGGGAGACAGAGCUGAAGUCACACGAAUCCUGCUCGAGUUCAGUGAGGGCACUAACCACAAAUACCUCGAGCUCCUCGAUGACUCGGGCAACACGCCAGUUCACGAAGCAGUACGGAAACAGUUCCCUGAGAUGCUGGACUUGAUUCUUGCGCGCCGUCCGGACCUGCUCUACCGCGAGAGCGCGACGGGAAAUACUCCAUUGGAAAUGGCCGUGGACGCCUGGGUCAAUGAGACUACGCGCGCGCCUCCCAUCCUUCCAGACCAAAGAUAUUACGAUGCCUCGGGCGAUUCGCUGCGCGGCGAUUUGGUUAGUCGGUGGGAGAAAUACUUUUUGAAAGAGCCGACAACCCAGGGGAUGGAGGAGAUUAUUCUGAAUGUCUGCCGGAAACAUUGCCAGGCCCAACCAAAGAGAAGGCUGGUUAGCCUCUUCGAGGCUAAUGAAGUGGCCAGGAGAUUGGCGUCGAGGCAUCAAGCUACAGAGUCCAAGGAAGCUGACAUAACUCCAUGGAUCAGGCGUGAGUAUGGCGGAAAUGUCGUUGAUGAGGUGGCGGAGUGGUAUUCGACAGCGAAGAUGCUGGCUGGGUAG